AUGUCAAAAAAAGAUAAUCGCAAAUGGAUAAGUCUCAUAGCACUUGUUCUACAAACUACCAGUCUUGUACUUCUAUUACGUUAUUCAAAAACAAUAAAAACUGAACAAUAUUUAUCAUCAACGGCUAUUGUUACUGCUGAAAUUAUCAAAGGAUUGAUUUGUAUUUUUCUUGUUUGGUUAGAAAGUGAUCGUUCAAUGAAUCGAUUAUUUCGAGUAAUCAAACAAGAAAUCUAUGCUAAACCUUAUGAUACUUCUAAAUUAGCUAUACCAAGUGGAUUAUAUGCAAUUCAAAAUAAUCUUUUAUUUAUUGCAUUAUCUUAUUUAAAUGCAGCAACAUAUCAAGUAACUUAUCAAUUAAAAAUUUUAACUACCGCUUUAUGUUCUGUAGUUAUACGCAAAAAAAUAAUAGAAAAACAUCAGUGGUUUUCUUUAUUUAUACUUACUAUUGGUGUUGCAUUUGUAACAUGGCCAUCAUCAGAUGAAAUUCAUAAACGUUCAACAGCACAAAGUCAAGCAACUUGGUUACAACAACUUAUGGGUUUUGGUGCUGUAUUAAUAGCUUCAUUUACAUCCGGUUUUGCUGGUGUUUAUUAUGAAGAAAUUCUUAAAACUGAAUCAACAUCAAUUUGGAUUAGAAAUAUUCAAUUAGCUCUUUUUGGAACACUCUUUGGUUUGACCAUUAUGUUUUGCUUGGAUUAUGAAGCUGUGAUGGAUAAAGGUUUCUUUCAAGGAUAUUCAACAAUUGUAUGGAUAAUUGUACUUAUUCAAGUAAAUAAAAUUAAUAAACAUUUAACUCUGAAAUAUGUUUAUUGUUCUAGGCAAUUGGCGGUUUGA